AUGUAUGUACUAAUCUAUGUGGAUGAUAUUUUGGUCAAAGGGAACUCUACUUCACAGGUUCAGGAAUUACUCUCAAGCCUGGCUGUCGAAUUUUCCAUCAAGGAUCUCGAGCCGUUGCAUUUUUUCCUAGGCGUCAAAGCCACAGCUCACCGUAAUGGCUUACUCCUUACUCAAUCCAGGUACAUCAAUGAUCUGUUACAGCGAGCUGGGAUGUCAGAUUAUAAACCAGUUUUAACACCAAUUGGAACAAGCUCAAAGCCAUCCCAGUCAGGGGGUGCAGCGUUUGCCAACCCCAGUCAUUAUCGUUUGAUUGUGGGAGCCCUUCAGUACAUUACAUUAACCCGUCCGAAUGUGACCUUCGUGGUUAAUAAGGCUUGUCAGACAAUGCAUGCUCCCACCGAUGAUGAUUGGAGUCUAGUCAAACGGAUUCUACAGUAUCUCAAGGGCACAUCCAAGUCAGGUCUUUACUUUGAGCGGUCAUCCUCAUUGACACUACAGGCCUUUUCCAAUGCUGACUAG